UGUUGCAGAGGAGCAUUUGACCGACAUUUACAGGCAGAGAUGACAGGUUUGAUAGAGAUUCCAUUUCUCGAUUUGGAAUUCUAUGAGAAACUUGGAGGUGGUGCAUAUGGAAGUGUCUAUAGAACACUAUGGAAGUCUAGGAAUCUUAUUGUUGCUGCAAAAAGGCUGCUCGUUCUGGAGAAUGAGGCCAAUGUUUUAAGCUCACUAAGUCACAAAAAUAUAGUGAAAUUCUUAGGAGCAAUGACAAAGGAACCCAAUUACUAUCUUGUAACAGAGUAUGCAGAGAAUGGCUGCCUGUAUGAUUAUCUACGAGGCUCAGAUGACAAUGGAAAUGAAUUCGCCAGACAUCCUCUUGACUUUCAGCAAAUACUCAAGUGGGCUCGAGAAAUUGCAUUAGGUAUUAACUACCUCCACACAGAGGCACCAGUGCGAGUCAUCCAUAGAGAUCUGAAGUCUAAAAAUGUUGUACUGAGCAUCGAUAUGAAAUGCAAGAUAUGUGAUUUUGGGGCCAGUCGUUUUGUGAUGAAUACAACCAAGAUGUCAUGGGCUGGGACAAUACCUUGGAUGGCCCCAGAGGUGAUACAGAGUCUGCCAGUAUCUGAGGGCUGUGAUGCAUGGUCGUAUGGUGUUGUAUUAUGGGAAUUGCUCACGCGUGAGAUCCCAUUUGAGAACUUGGAGGGCUUCCGAGUGUUCUGGGUGGUCGUCCAAGAUGGAGGGAGGUUGAUGAUUCCCACUACGUGCCCACCGAGCUUUGCAAAAUUAAUGAAAUGGUGCUGGGAAACAGAUCCAAAGAAAAGACCCACGUUCCGUCAGAUCUUGCUGAGUUUGGAUCACAUGAGAGGCGAUCCUGCUCUUGCUGUAUUGACAAAUUCAUUCCUGGAGAAUAAGAAGGAGUGGAAAGAUGAGAUUGAGUUGAAGCUGGAAGAAUUGAAGCAUGUUGAACACAACCUGAAGAACAAAGAAGAAGAGCUACAUCAUAGAGAGAACAAGAUACGCGAAUUCCAGAGCAACUACUACAAAAGAAAAGUAGACCCUACUAACGUCAACACAUGGGAAGAGGAUGACGUGGUAUCAUGGGUAAAUCAGUUGGAUUGUCAGGACGCCACGCGACAGCGAGAUCUGGGACAGUACAGCUCACUAUUCAAAGUCAACAAUAUCGUGGGAAAGAUGUUGUUAAAACUCAGCGAGGAAGAUUUCAGGAGAAUGGGCAUCACGUCUUUGGGACAUCUCUCUGAAUUCCAGGAAGAAAUUGGUGCUCUUCGGUUACAAAACGAGAGUCUCCAACAUUUCCCUCCGUUAGCGAGGACACGUAAAAUAUCGUCCGUCCCGUCUUCUACCGCAAAGAGCAUCGUAUUGAUCUUCAGCUGCUGCCUCCGUGUUGGAUUGGGACCCGAUAACCACAAAUGGAAGAUGUCUCUCGACGUUGACGAAGACGACAGUGAUCUCUCACCAGCAGUAUCGUGCAUCAAAGAUGUGCUGUUCGUCUGCAAGUUCCCGCCUUACACCGUGUACAGGUCUACUCAGAGUCCCUACGUAAUGGAAAAGUGGGGUGUUGGACUUGCAGAAGACAAGGAAAUUGAAUGCAUUGUGAAUUAUGAGGACAAGGUGAAGAAGCCGCGUAACACGAAGCAGAUGUUCGCGGUGGCGGCGGGCGAGCCGCAGCCGUACAUCCAGCCCCUGCAGCGCUCCGUCUGUCUCACCAUGCAGAGCGUCACGUCAAACGUCGACGUCAACGGUGGCUCGGCGACGGUGUUGUCCGUGUUCACGCGCGAGUCGACGGCGCCCGAGCUCUCGGGCGUGUGGAGAAACCGAGCGAAGGAUCACAGCCUUGUCAUCAAGGCCUCGCCGCUCCUCGCCCGCCGCAACCAAUCAAUGGUGAGCAAGCGGUCGGCUACAUCGCCCAACCUCACCGUGCCGCACCUCGACAUCGCCACGGCAACCGGGACGUCUCCCGCGGCGAAGCCCCGUCAGGAGGUGUCCUUCACCCUCAGCUCGGAGGACGACGAGACGGACAGUCCGGCCGUUGCCGACUGGCUGGACGAUCACUUUACAAGCGGAGGCAGGCCGCCGCCGCCGAGACUCCAGCGUCCGAAGAGCGCGAGGGAUGUCGCUCCGAGACCGGUGGCGCCGGCGCGCAAGCUCUCGGUGCCCGCGGUGGUGGCCGCCACGAUGCCGGCGGGCCCCCAGAGGGCGCCGUCGGACGACUCGAAGGACACGCUGACCGGCGGUGACGAGACGCUGCGCGAGUAUCGCGCGCGAUUGUGCUGCGUCGCCGUGCAGACUGACGCGGCCGCGUCGCCGGCGGCGGCGGUGUCGCGGCCGCGCGGAGGCGCCGGCGACGGGGCGCGGCGGGGGAAGACGCGGCAGAGACACGCGGAGCCCAGGCGCAGCAAGAGCGAGCAGCACGCCGAGUCGUCGUCGCCGUGGCGACACCGCGACGUGCCGCAUCGCUCGACCAGUGACGAGCCGCAGCACCCGAGGAAGUACCCGUCGCCGCGGGCAACGCAGUCGCCGCGGGCAACGCAGUCGCCGCGGGCAACGCGAUCGCCGCGCGAGAGCCGCGGCACGCCAAGCGUCCCUGAGGAACCGUCAUGGCCGCCGCAAGUUGCCGACGACACGCUACACGUCCCAAACUGCAACGGUUCGUCGAGGUCAGCACAGGGUGACGUAUGCGCGUUGGUGAACGACCUCGCGAGAAGCUCGCAGCCAGACCGGCACCACCACGCCGCGAAGCAUCAGCACACUGCGGCGGCGGGCACAGGCACGGGAAGGCGGCAGGCGCACGAGAAUCCGCACGACCACCCCGCGCACUACCGCCGCCGUGCGCAGCGCACGCUGUCGGGAAACUACAGCGGGCAGACGGUUGUCUCCGUGUCGCGCAAGGGUGCGUUCGGCCUCGGCGGCUGCAGCAUGAACAGCAUCGGAAUCUACGGUGGCUGCGCCAAGUGGAAGCGCAAGACGUCGGACGCGAGCUGUGACCCGGAGGAUUGACUUGACGCGUGCGCGGUCGCGUGGGAGAUCGUCUGAUGAUUGACAAGUGUUAAAAGAACUUGGGAUGCAUGCAGCUCAGUAAUGCAACGGAGUCCAUGUGUUUAUGAGCAGAACAUGUCCUCUGUUAUACAUGCGAUGGGGAUUGUGCAUCCUUAUAUUACAGAGGCACACCAGAUUCGACCUAAUUUCGCAUUAAAUAUGCAAAACAGCAGGAGGUUGCACCUAAUUUACGGUCGGUACAUUUACGGUCUGUUCUCAGGGCAACGAAUACCUCAUUCUAACCGGGUUUUUUGGUCAGUUAUCUAUAUAUGCCUUGUACGUGUUUACCCAAGUACAGGAUAACACAUAUAAUAGGAAUAUA